CACGCCCCUCCCGUCCCUCCCCCAACCCCAGCAGUGUUCCCCACCUACCCCCACGCGCGUGGGGAGAAACAACAAAAGACAUCAACAUUCUUAUUAUCAUCAUCAUCAAUCAUCAUACUGGUUUCCGAAAGCUGUUAUUUUUCCGUUACGAAAAGGAACUCCAAAGCAGAGUUGGGUAUUAUUUCGAUGAGGAUAAUCUAAAGAAACCAGGGUUUCAAUUGUUUGUUGUGUUUGAGGUUUUUGAGUUUUAGAGUUGCCAAAUGGGGUUGUGGGAAGCUUUUCUCAACUGGCUUCGAAGCCUUUUUUUCAAGCAAGAAAUGGAGCUGUCAUUGAUAGGCCUUCAAAAUGCCGGGAAAACAUCGCUUGUGAAUGUUAUUGCAACUGGAGGAUAUAGUGAAGACAUGAUCCCUACGGUUGGAUUCAAUAUGAGGAAAGUUACAAAAGGAAGCGUAACUAUAAAACUGUGGGAUCUGGGUGGUCAACCAAGGUUUCGAAGCAUGUGGGAAAGAUAUUGUCGAGCAGUUUCUUCUAUUGUUUAUGUUGUAGAUGCUGCUGAUUUAGAUAACUUGCCUGUUUCGAGAAGAGAACUUCAUGACCUGUUGAGCAAGCCAUCAUUGAGUGGCAUUCCACUGCUGGUACUAGGUAACAAGAUUGACAAAAAGGAAGCUCUGUCUAAGGAGGAUUUGACCGAACAAAUGGAGCUCAAGUCCAUUACUGAUAGGGAAGUUUGUUGCUUCAUGAUUUCUUGCAAGAACUCUACCAACAUUGAUACCGUCAUUGAUUGGCUUACAAAGCAUUCAAAAACCAAAAACUGAGCUGUCCUCGUAAUCGUCUCAUGACAAUGUUCCAGUUCUGUAGAGUGUGGAUUUUAAUCUGCUUUGAAGUGACUUUCGCUGUUUGCCUCCUCGGGUUUGUCAAUAUCUGACCAUCGUCUUCUGUUCUGUGCUUUGUGCAGACUAAGUAUUGAUUGCUUUGGUUGACCUACGGUUCUGUUAGAAGUGUUAGACAUUACUAUUUGAGUUUCAUGUAUAGAAUUUGACUGUGAAUUGUAAUGUACAGAAUUUGGAUUUCUUUACUUUGGUUUGCAAAUUUGUGUUUGUGAAAUUUAAUGUGCGCAAUGGCUGUUCGUCUGGUGUAGCAAUGUGCAGUUUGAUUGAUGUU